AUGAUAGAGGUGAUUGCAACAAGUAAAUUAACAAGCAAACAAUUAUGUACAUUGGCGUUCAGCUGCGAAAAACAACCAUAUAUUCCAGGAAUGAAUUGGAAUCUGACAUUACCAAAUGUGCCAAAGCCGCCUGUAUCGCCACCACAGCCGCCAGCGCCUGAUUCACCAAAAUUAACUAUUCUUCAUAUAUCUGAUAUCCACAUUGAUUUUGCUUAUAAACCGGGAAGUUUGGCUGAUUGUCCUGAACCACUAUGUUGCCGAUAUGGAACACCAGAUUCUGGUCAUAUUGGUGCUGGAUUUUGGGGAGAUUACAGAAAUUGCGAUUUACCCUUGUGGACUGCUGAAAAAAUAUUAGAAUAUAUUGCAGAAACCGAAGAGUUUGAUAUUGUUUAUCAUACAGGAGAUUUGCCACCUCACAAUGUAUGGAAUCAAUCUCGCGCUGAUCAAUUAUACGCUAUUGACACGAUAACAAGUUUACUAAAAAAAUAUUUUCCAAAUAAAAUAUUCUAUUCAGCAGUCGGAAAUCAUGAAUCAGCUCCAUGUAAUUUAUAUCCAACACCAUUAAUAAAAUCUGAUAAUCUCACAUGGUUAUAUACAUCAUUAGCUGACAACUGGAUUCAGUUAGGAUUACCAGAAGAGACAAGAUCGAGUAUAUUUCGUGGAGCAUUUUAUACUACACUCGUUCAUCCUGGUUUAAGAUUAAUAUCAUUAAAUAUGAAUUAUUGUGCAUCAGACAAUUAUUGGUUAUUAAUAAACUCAACUGAUCCAUUAGACCAACUACAAUGGCUCAUGAAUUGGCUACAGUAUGCCGAAGACAAUAAUGAAAAAGUUCAUAUAAUUGGUCAUCAUCCACCAAGCUCAUGUUUAGAAUCGUUUAGUUGGAAUUUUUAUAAAAUCGUCAAUCGAUACGAAAAUACUAUAGCUGGACAAUUUUAUGGUCAUACACACAAUGAUGAAAUUAUCAUGUUUUAUGAUGAGAUUAAUAAAACACGUCCAGUUUCAAUGGCUUAUUUGACACCAUCGUUAACACCACAAUCAUUUUUAAAUCCUGGUUAUCGUAUAUACACAGCUGAUGGUGAAUACAAUUCAAGUACCUACUGGGUAUUGGAUCAUCGUACUGUAAUAAUGAAUUUGACAGCAUCGAAUUUAUUUAAUAAAACAAUAUUUCUUGAUGAAUAUUCAGUUAAAAAUGCCUAUAAAAUGGAUUAUCUGUUUCCAAAUGAUUGGAAUAAUUUUAUCAAUCGUUUACUAGCUGAUAUUGAUGGUGAUUUAAUGGGAUUAGUUUAUCAAUAUUAUACAAAAUCGUUUGCAAAUGGUACAGCUUGUGAUCACAAUUGUCGUCAAGGACUAUUGUGCAAUUUUAAAACGGCUCGGUCAGAAAUGUUAUGUUCCAAUUCAUUCAUGAUAUCAUAA